AUGAGUAAAGCUAUAAAGGAAUAUAUGCUAUUAGGCAAAAUUAAACAUCUAUUAUACUCUUUAUCUUUUAAAUGCUGUGGUAUUUCUACAGAAGUAGACAGUUCUAAAGAUAGUUCAAUUUUUAAUUUUGAGAAAGCAUUAGGUAAAAAGAAAAAAAUUAAUGUUGAAGAAGGUAGAAGUCAUGAUAAUGUAGAUAAUAAAAAUGAUCAAAAUAAUAAAAAUGAUCAAAAUAAUAAAAAUGAUCAAAAUAAUAAAAGUGAUCAAAAUAAUAAAAGUGAUCAAGAUAAUGAAAAUGAUCAAGAAUGUGAAUUUUGUAAAUAUUAUGAAAAUGAUAAGAGAAUUUAUAUCAAUGUUUGGGAUUAA